AUGCGUUCCAUCAUUCUUGUGGCUCUUUUGGCUUUCCUGGCCAUUGGCUUUGUGUCUGCCCGUCCGGCUGAGGAUGAGGUAGCCUCCGAUGUGGUGGAAAGCGGUGAUGAGGAGUCUUCUUCCGACAGUGAUGCCACCACCGAGGCAGCUUCUGGCGAUGAGGAAUCCAACGACGAUGAGGAUGAGGAUAGCGAUUCCGAGGAUGCCGAUGAGGAGGACAGUGAUGCUGCCGAGGAGGCAACAACCACCGCUGCUCCCAAGAAGCAGAUUCGUCCUUUCUGGCCCAAAUUCGGAGGACAUGGUCCGGUUGUGGUUCACCGUCGUGGUCUGCCCCUUCUAAAGGCCUAAGCUUCUAACUAAUUUUAAAGUCCUAAACAAUUUCUUCUCUUCUUCAAAUAAAGACAAUUAAAAGUCAA